CCGACGUUGCUCUCUCUCUCUCUCUCUCUCCCGGUGCUCUGCUGGCCGCCGCGCCCCUGGUCCCGGCCCCAGCUUGGCCUCCUCCCCAUGCCGCUCGGCCGCCCAUCUCCCUGCUGCCGCUCUCCCAUGGCGCGCCCCUGGUCCUUGCUCCUAGCUCGCCUGCGCUCGGCCUCCAGCUCCAGCUCGCCGAGUCCCUCUCUGUCUGCGCCAUGGAGCUCGCCCGGCCGCGACCUCGCCUUGCUUCCUGUUGCGCUCCUCCUUCAGCGUCUCUCCCAUGGCGCCGGCCACCCUCACCUCUGCUCCUCUGCGCUGCCGUUCUCUGCGCCCGGACAUGGAGCUCCCUCAUCCGCGAUUCCCUGUGCUAGCGUGUACUCUCUCCAUGGCGCCCAGCCCCCAGCUCGGAUCUCGCCCGACCCCAAGCGGAGCUCCAUCCCUGGCCGCCGUGUGCCCCUGCGCUCGGCCUCCUCUCCAUUUUUUCUAGCCAAGCCCAGCCAAGGUUCCUCCCUGCGCGCGCGAGCUCUAUUGCGAGCGCCGAUCUGUACCUACAAAGCCUCGCCAGUGAAGUCUGUCGUUGUUCUCUGGUUCGAGCUCACCCUAGCCAUAGCUCCUCAUCGUGUGCCUCCACGCCGGUGCUCGACUGGCUCGACGAUGACCCUAUCGUCGCCCUGCUGUUCGUGCUCCAUUUCCGCAGCACUGCUCUUUGUCAUGGCCGUUAGACCGCCGUUGAUCUAGCCGUCGUAGCUCCUCUGUCACGGUUGAUCUUGGUUUCCUCCGUGCCACCGACCGUCGACCUCGUCGUUGCUUCACAGCGCUUGGACACCGCUGUCAUUGCUCAGCCAUGCUAUGGGCACGGACGCUUUACUUCCUCGCCACUGCAUCACCAUUUGCUGUAGGAGAGAAAGACUCUAGGACCUUUUGGUGGAAAGGAGAAGAAAGCUCAUGCGUCGCUCGCGAGGUGCUCGAAGUAAUGCCGGAAUUGGAAAUCAUGAUUGUGUUCAUGGAAUCAUGGCCUUCGAGACGGAUUAAUUUAUUACUGAGCUAUCGUCGCUCUCGCUCUUCGUUUUAAUAUUUCUCAUCAAUUUGGUACGUUUGCGCUGUCCUGGUGGGCCGGUGACGUAUAUGUAAAUCGCAGUAGUGUGAUUUCGUAUGACGCUCGAUAGGUGUUCGGCGAUUUAGGGGAAACAGUGAACGUCGUCGUUUUUGUUAAUUCCAAGUCGCACUGUGAUGUGGUAGCUGAUGUAUUAUUGUUGUUAGCCAAGUCAUUAGAUGGAUUGGCUACCUAGGUAGGUCGCGAUGAUUACCCCGUUUGUAGCACGGGCACAUGUUUUAUUAGACGUUUGUCGG